CGAUAUUACUGGCGAGAGUUUCUCAUCCUUGGUCUAGAAGGGCACAGAGAGCCCGGCGUUAGAGACUUUCUGCCAGGGAUCCUGACAUUCACACCCGUUUAAACAUGUUGUCCAGAUUGGUGUUUGUUUCAGGUCAUGCCCUGAAAAACAACGGCUCCUUUGGUGCUUGCCUGGUCCAGGCCUCCCGUUCUUUUCAUCAGUCGUCCCAGAGCUUGGCGCCGGUACCCCCUCUGCCUGAGAAGGGAGGCAAGGUCCGCCAUGGAAUAUUCCCAGAGGAACUUUUCACAUUGUUGUACCCUAAGAUCGGCGUCACAGGUCCAUACAUGCUGGGCACCGGACUGCUCCUGUACAUGCUCUCAAAGGAAAUCUAUGUGAUCAAUCACGAGACCUUUGCUGCCGCAUCCAUCGGUGCAGUCAUCAUUUACGGAGUUAAGAAAUUUGGACCCAGCGUAGCUGAUUUUGCAGACAAACUCAAUGAGGAGAAAGUGGCAAAGGCCAAGGAAGUGAAGGAUCUGGCUAUGGCCAACCUGACCCAGGCUAUUGUAGAUGAGAAGAAGGAACAGUGGAGAGUAGAAGCAAGACAGAUGCUGUUUGAUACCAAGAAGAACAAUGUGGCUGUGCUGCUGGAGACCAAUUACAGGGAGCGACUGCACAUGGUGACCAAUGAGGUGAAGAAGAGGAUGGACUAUCAGGUGGCGCUUCAGAACCUGCACCGCCGCAUGGAGCAGGAGCACCUGGUCAACUGGGUUGAACAGAAUGUUAUCAAAAGCAUCACCCCACAGCAGGAGAAGGAAAGCAUUGCCAAGUGCAUCUUGGAUCUUAAAGUCCUGGCCAAGAGCACUCAGGCUAGAGCGACUGCAUAGGUCUCUAUCAAUGUCCACACUGAAGCCUUCUGUUUUUCCGUCUAAAUAAAUCCUUUCUGUCUGAAAGUCUGGCAGUGCCGUCAAAUGUGUACAUACCCGUAUUAAUUAAAAGAUUUGGUUAUUCACUAAA